UGUUUGUUUCAUCCACCGUAUACAAACACAUGUUGAUGAGUGAUGGCGUGUGUGUGAAGGUAUUUCAUUAAAAUUGCUGGUAAUUGUACUGCCAUCUGUUGCGUCUACUACUUUGCACGCUUGUUCACUGCGCCGCUUUGAUUUAUUGAUAACACAUGAAAUGGUUCAGGGGUAUGAAAUAUCUGACCGGCAGGAAGACUGGCAUCUGUUUAUAGUCUGGUUAUGCACUGGGGGAGCAGUGGUGCGUCAUUUUGAGGUGGUACGUCGUUGCGUGGGAAAAAAUAAAAAGAAAACCUGAUUCCUAAUCUUUUUAUCUCAUUACCAAUAAAUCAGAAGGUGAGUGCUUUUUUACGGGCUUGUAUUGCAGCAGCUGUGUGUGAUGGUGGUCUAAUGGAAAAAACGUGGAAGCACAUACCUCUCUCUUUCCCCCCCGCUGCCUGGCAACCUGCAUGCUCAUGUCAUGCAGCAGUGCUCGGGAUCUUUUAUACACAUACACACAUGCUCGUGCACACACACACGGGUUGUUUGCUAAAUGAGUCCCAUGUUAGUGAUGCAAAAAAAAAGUCGUUUAGCAGCAUUUUCUCAAUAAUGAUAAGAAACGUAAUAAUCUGCUGUAUCUAUUGCGCAGAUACCUCCGCUGUCUGUUGCUGUGGAGACGUAGGUAUUUAAUGAGAACAUCACUCACGUAAAACAUAAUUAAAUAUAAUCUUUGAUGUGCUGUUGUUGUGAUCAGUAGAUAACACAGCUCUCCAGAGCUAAUUUCGUACACACUGAUUUUCCCCAAAAUCUUUUUUUCUUACUUAAUUUAGGGAGCAAAAUGUCUCCUUCCUUAGAGCUCUGAGUAGCGUAGCUGUCAGUUUGUAGAUUAAUUGAAUUAUAUUUGGCUCCUUAUGGACUACAACGAGGAGAUAAUGGGAAUAAAAUUAGUUCAUAUUCAUAGGCAGUUUAUGAAAACUGUCUUUUCAUAGAAUAUUUUAUGACAGGCUGGACAGCAACCGUUAAAGAAACCUCCACCCUGAAACACAUAAAAUGUGUUUAUAUUGAAAUAUUUGUGAUGUGCUUAGAAAUUCUGGUGCUGAUUUUUUGUUUUUUUUGUUAUUCCUUUGAGAAGUUGGCGGUUGUGUGGAGCUCUGAUGUCACAGGGGGACAUUGUUAUUGCUAUCACAGUUACACUGGUGUUGAAUAGGAGGAAAAUUUCAGCGAUCUCUAGCUAGUGAGAAAGGUCAGGUUUUGCUGUUAGAUCCUCAGUACAAAAGAUCAAAAGCUCCCUUUCUCACUCACCAUUUUCCAGCCGAGUUCAACGUCAUAUUAAUGGGGAAAUCCAGUAUGGAAGUUGUUGUAAACAUUGGUUGCAAAGUUCCAGACUGCAGUGUGGGAAUACAAUUCAGUUGCACUGAAUUACAGAAGACUUGGCUUGGUGAGUUAGUGAUCUAUAAGAUAAAGAGCACGACAUUGAUGGUGAUAUUAGCAUGAAAGUUUGAGCAGAGUGUAUAGAUGAGGAGGUGCGAGAGCUGGACAGACUGAAGGACUAAAGUGUGGGUACAUUGCUCUCUUUAGGUAGAGAUGACGCAAGGGCUAAAUCCCAUUUGCACUACUAUCAGCAGGAAGUCAAACUGCAUUGUGGGUAAUGUUAAGCAAAUUGAAUAUAGAGCAGCAUGUUAAUGAAAGACUUAAAACUUUCAACACAAAUUCAUUAUACACCAUAAAUCUUGGACGCCAUUGAAGAUGACUUUAAUUAUUAUAAAUAUUAAUAUGCAUGUCGUAUAAAGCUCCUGAGGAGUUAUCUGCAGAGGCUGGGAAAAGAUCUCAGCCAUCAUAGCCAUGUUGAUUCUAACAGGUCCACUGGGGUGUCCAGCUUAGCAAUCUCAUUUUCCCUAUUUUUCCCAGGGUCAUGCUGUUCCUUCCAUCUGCUCCUGCUUCUUUUUUUGCUGGCACUGAUGCCCCUGAUUCAUCCAGUGCUGCAGCAUGAUGGUCUAAUUGUCAAUUAGCAAGGUGACAGACAGGACGGCUUAGCUCCAAGGAAAGGCUCUAAACUGGUUUUGCAGGGAUCUCAUUAGACAUGCACACAGUAUGUUCAGGGGUAAUUGGGAAUGUAUUAUUGAUGUCCUGCCAUGUCUGUCAUCAGGGUUUUAUCCUUACACCAGAUGAGGAGAUGCUUGGCACUUGUUUUGACCGCCAUUCCUUGAAUUCCUAGUAAAAAAAUGAUGUGCAGUGUUAAAAAUGAUUCAGUACCUGCUGUAGUUCCUUGGUUUAACCGUUUGGCCAUAUUAAAAGACCUGGAAAACCAGUUUUCCAGAUUACUCACGUAUACCUGACAUUAUACGCAAGCCUAUACUUUGAUGCCUGAGCGAUGAUGUUUUUUUCUGCUACCUUGUACACUAAUAAACAUGUCAGCGGAUGAAGCUGAGGGGCGUGUUUACUGAGACGUAGCUGCAGGCCAGGAGACCGGAGCCUGAGCAGGAAAUCCUGCUGGCUCUCUUAGAUGUGGGAGCAGUUGCCAUGGCUUUGGCUCCCGCAGGAGUGGAAGCGGAGCCUGGUGACAAAAUUACCCGACCCAUCCGACACCUGUGGCACAUCUCCGGAAGCUUCUUACUGGAAAAGGUCCCCUCGGAACGGCAGCGGAUAAGGGCUGUUUUGUAGACCGAGCGGUACAGCUAUGAGCUCGUACAAGCCCGGUGGAAUGCUACUGACGAUCCAGAGUGCUUUUAGGAUGUUCCAAUAUGAAGCUUUUUGAUUUUUUUUAAUUUGUAUCUCCCUUCAGUCUAGGUUGUGUCUUUCGUUUGGCUUUUUGACUAUUUGGUCCUGGUUUCAGAUGAAGAACUUGUGUUGAACCCGGCAUAGUGAGAAACCGAGUCGUCUGCUGUAAUUCAAUUGUUGGCCUCCACAUUUAUAGUUUGAUUGAUGUUCGUUGAGGGACACGAGGGUAUUACUAUAGCAACUGAGAAAGAUUGACUGUCAGCUCUUGAUGAGUUCCCUGAUUGAUUCUUUCUCUAAGCUUGCCUUCACCAACUAUUCAUGAAACAUAGUCAGUUGUUACGAGAACUGAUACUCUUGAGCAGAUAUUUAUUUUCUGGCUUGACUUUUGCCAGGAAACAUUUGUUCCUGCUGUAUCUGGACCAUUGGGUGCGGCUUAGUGGGUGUGGGGGAGCAUCUGAAGAAUCCUGGGGUCGCGAGGACAUUGCACAGAUGAGACCGCCAGAUACAGCCCAACACAGGAAGCUGCUUUCAUAAUUAAGGAAAUUGUUCAUAAACCAGCUCACUCCCCCUUUGCCUUGGGCUAGAUUUGUGUUCAUCAGUGCAGCGCUCUGUAUUGUGGAUCAGAGCGCAUUCACUGGUGAUGAACUACAUCUUUGGUGGAAACACACUGUACUCUAGGGGGAGUCGUGGCGGCAGCACCAGCUCAGCCCAUGGCAGCUCGGUGGGACCAAGACUUCGUCAGUGGUCAAUGCGGAGCUCCUGCGAGGAGUCUGCCGAGCCCAAUCCAUCUCGCUGGCGCCGCAUCCUCAACAUCCUCACGCGCCUCAAUGCCUUCACCAACUGCGUCAUAGCAAGAGUCAACCAGCAGACAGAUGCCACCCCUCCCUCCACUCCCAUAAUCCCCGUGAUCCCAAUCUCGCCUGUCCCUGCGGAGGCCGCUGUCAGCCCUUCACCGACGUCACAGGCAAAUCCUCCUCCUGUCGUGGUGAAUACGGAAAGCCUGGAUUCAGCGCCAUAUGUGAAUGGCACAGAAGCAGACUAUGAGUAUGAGGAGAUUACGUUGGAGAGGGCAAAUUCUGGGCUGGGCUUCAGCAUCGCCGGUGGCACAGAUAACCCUCACAUCGGAGAAGACCCCAGCAUCUUCAUCACCAAAGUGAUCCCAGGGGGCGCCGCUGCUCAGGACGGGAGACUUCGGGUGAACGACGUUAUCCUGCGUGUCAACGAGGUGGACGUUCGGGAUGUGACCCACAGCAAGGCGGUGGAGGCGCUGAAGGAGGCCGGAUCGCUGGUCAGGCUGUACGUCAGGAGGAGAAAAUCCGUCUCGGAGAAAAUCGUCGAGAUCAAACUGGUUAAAGGACCUAAAGGUCUUGGUUUCAGUAUAGCGGGAGGUGUAGGCAAUCAGCACAUACCGGGAGACAACAGCAUCUACGUCACCAAGAUCAUCGAAGGAGGAGCUGCACACAAAGACGGCAGGCUGCAGAUCGGAGACAAACUCCUGGCUGUGAACAGUGCGUGUCUGGAGGAGGUGACCCAUGAGAGUGCCGUGACUGCCUUGAAAAACACUACAGACGUGGUGUAUCUGAAAGUGGCCAAACCCAACAGUGUCUUCAUGAACGACAGUUUCGCCCCUCCUGACGUCACUAACUCUUAUUCCCAACACAUGGAGAACCAUAUCAACACCCCCAACUACCUGAACCAGCCGCUUCCGAUGUCCUCCUCUGGACGCUUCUCCCCUACGCCCAAGACCCCACAUGGGGACGACGACAUGACGAGAGAGCCUAGGAAAGUGGUGCUACACCGUGGAGCCACAGGACUGGGCUUUAACAUUGUAGGUGGUGAAGACGGAGAAGGAAUUUUCAUCUCCUUCAUUCUAGCAGGAGGUCCUGCUGACCUGAGCGGAGAGCUGAGGAAAGGAGAUCGCCUCGUCUCGGUGAACGGAGUGGACCUACGCAGCGCUACUCACGAACAGGCAGCCGCUGCUCUCAAAAACGCCGGUCAGACAGUCACCAUCAUCGCCCACUUCAGACCAGAGGAGUACAGCCGUUUCGAAGCAAAGAUCCAUGACCUGCGGGAACAGAUGAUGAACAGCAGUAUCAGCUCCGGGUCCGGUUCUCUGAGGACCAGUCAGAAGAGAUCACUAUACGUCAGGGCGCUGUUUGACUAUGAUAAAACCAAGGACUCUGGCCUCCCCAGUCAGGGCCUGAACUUUAAAUUUGGUGACAUCCUGCACGUGGUGAACGCCUCUGAUGAUGAGUGGUGGCAGGCGAGACAGGUCACCGCCGAGGGCGAGGUUGAGGAGAUGGGAGUCAUCCCCAGCAAAAGGAGAGUGGAGAAAAAAGAGAGAGCAAGGUUAAAAACAGUCAAGUUCAACUCUAAAUCUCGAGAGAAAGGGCAGUCCCUCAAUGACAAGCGUAGAAAGAACCUCUUUUCCCGCAAGUUCCCUUUCUACAAGAACAAGGAGGCGAGCGAGCAGGAAACAAGCGAUGUGGACCAGCAUGUGACCUCUAAUGCCAGUGAUAGUGAAAGUAGUUACCGUGGCCAAGAGGAAUAUGUACUAUCCUAUGAGCCUGUGUGUCAGCAAGAAGUGAACUAUACUCGUCCAGUGAUCAUCCUGGGGCCGAUGAAGGACAGAGUUAAUGAUGAUCUAAUCUCAGAGUUCCCCGACAAAUUUGGCUCCUGUGUUCCUCAUACAACACGGCCAAAGCGGGACUAUGAAGUGGACGGCCGUGAUUACCAUUUUGUGGUGUCUCGAGAGCAGAUGGAGCGAGACAUCCAGGAGCAUAAGUUCAUCGAGGCGGGCCAGUACAACAACCACCUCUACGGCACCAGCGUGCAGUCUGUACGCGAAGUGGCUGAAAAAGGUAAACACUGCAUACUAGAUGUAUCAGGCAACGCCAUCAAGAGACUACAAGUUGCUCAGCUCUAUCCCAUUGCCAUCUUCAUCAAACCAAAAUCAGUGGAGAAUAUCUUGGAGAUGAACAGGAGGCUGACAGACGAGCAGGGCAGAAAAACGUACGACAGAGCCAUGAAGCUGGAGCAGGAGUUUACUGAGCACUUCACAGCCAUUGUCCAGGGAGACACAUUGGAAGAAAUCUACGAUCAAGUCAAGCAGAUCAUCGAGGAGCAGUCUGGACCAUACAUAUGGGUACUAUCCAAGGAGAAACUAUGAAGCGCUGCGAAGCAAAGUCCAUUCUCUCUUUUCUCUUUUAUUUAUUAUUCUUUUUUUCCUCCGUAUUUUUUGUUUCUUAACAAUUUAAUCCCUGAUCCCAAUUCGGUCUGGCCCCAAUCUCAGUUCACAGCGACACUUCGGUAGGUGUCCCACAGGGCUGGAUGCGUCGUCCCCUUUCCGAUCUCCACUGCUUCCGGUUUUACACAAAGAGAGGGGAUGCAGUCAUGCCAAACCUAACAUCCAUUAGCAGGACUUUGGAAACGGUACAGUUCCUUAAUGUUUAAGGGAGGAUACUUUUUACAGAAGAAGAGAUACGUGGACUGAGCUGGAUCUUUUCCUUUCCUUAUUCCUCAUUGUGUAUGAUGUUGAUACAGAGGUUAAAUCUCAGGCAUCGGAAUCAUAAAAUAGCAGAAAAAAAUUACAAAAGCAAAACUUUGCACGUUAUAGCUUUAAGAGCAUGUCUUCUGUGACCUUUAGUUUUCUUGUUUUUCCUUUCCUCCAUAGUUCCAUGUUUCACAUUUAUCAUAGCUUUUUUUUUUCGUUAUACUUUCUGUUAAUUGUCAAUAUUCGGGAGCUUGUCUUUUUUUUUCGACCACAACGCAUUUGUACAGGAACAAGUCACGUGCAGUCAUCAACAUCAAAACUUUUUUUUUUUUAUUCAUUUUUCCACAGUGUCUUACAUACAGAACAUCAGUUUUACUUUGAUUUUUACAUGUAGGGAAGUCUGCCAUUUGUAAGGAACUGCCAUUUUAAGAGAUGUCUGUGUACAUCUGUGGCUUAAAAUGCCAAUGCGUAGCUGAAAGAAAAUUUAUUGUACAAUGAAAUCUUAACAGAUAUUUAACCCUCCAUGAACUGCCUAUUUUGUUAUAAUAAAAGUCUAUAGUGAACUUUACUUAAGCACUAAUACUGCGGGAGUUAUUUUCUUUACAUUGUAAGACGUAAAAAGAACGAGGAAUUUUUCACAGACAUAAUAUGGAUAUAUAUUUUUUUCUUUUUCCGUUGGCCUUCUUUAUUUUCUUACACUGACGCAGCGUAUUGACUGACAGGAAGUGAGGUGUGUCACUGUGAAGAGCGAACUCUCUCACGCUGACUUUACCUCCAUCUGAGCUCUGUCCGCUCCUGCGUGCUGUGUAAACGUCUGUGCUGUGUGGAAGAGCUGAGGUCUGGCGUGUUCCGGUGCGUUCUCUAUCUGUCGCAGACGCUCAGCGUUGGUGCGCAUCGAGCCAAACCUCCAGCCGUCCAGGAGAGGGCGCUACUCUGCCUGUUCUUCUCACGCCCGGGUUGUUUUCUAUACCGAGACUGCGCGUUCUACCACCUCACCACCUCUGCUUUUUAGGGACACUUUGGGACUGAAAAAUAAAUCCAUGUAAAUAACCUACUGAUCUGAUUCAUUCCAUUGAUCCGAACAAACCAGAGGGACGGCUAAUUCAACAAAUAAAACAGUUUCUCAUACA